AAGAAGCGGAGGCCCGUUUAAUUUCGGCCAUCUGUUUAAGUUGGCGUGCGCUAAAAGUGGCUCGUUUGACACCGGGUUCAUGUCGAAGGACAGCCGGUACGAUGGGCGCCGGCGCGGCGCGGGUCAGCAGCACCGGUUCGGACUAAGAUCGGGUCAGAGCGGGGACGGGAGGGACAGGUCGUGCAGUAACAGCUCUGGAUCGUCUCAUGGAGGAGGCAAAGGCAGGAAUGCGCCCAUAAACAUCGCUUUAAAGGCCUCUUUCCAGCGCUCCAACAGCCAUGACAAGGUGAGGAAGAUUGUUGCAGAGGAAGGCCGGGCUGCUCGGAACCUCAUCGCAUGGAGUGUACCGGUGGAGAGCAAGGAGGAAGAGGGUAAAUCCAAGAAUCACCCUAACAGCAACGCAAGACAUCAGCGAAUCAACGCAGGGCUCCACAGGAACAAAAAACAGAACACCGCACUGGACUGCAAAAAUGCACCUGGGUCAAUACUGGACAAAGGAGUUGAGAAGAGCCCCACCAAAACCAGACAGCCACGGAAGGUGGACCUCAGAGCACGAUACUGGGCCUUCCUGUUCGAUAACCUGCGGAGGGCAGUGGACGAGAUUUACGUUACCUGCGAAUCAGACCAGAGUGUCGUGGAGUGUAGGGAGGUGCUGAUGAUGUUGGAUAACUACGUCCGAGACUUCAAAGCUCUAAUCGACUGGAUCCAGCUCCAGGAGAAGCUGGAGAAAACAGAUGCUCAGAACAGGCCAACGUCUUUGGCUUGGGAAGUUCGAAAGAUGUCACCUGGGCGUCAUGUGAUGUCCAGCCCCUCAUCAGACCGAAUUGUUCCAUCACCCGGUGUUCGUCGUGCCCUCAACUUUGGGGGUCCUCCUCCGACUCUGGCUGUAGCACGACUCUCCCACACUGGACCCAGCUGGGCUGACCGAGUCAAGUCCUCCCAUUCUCUUCCAGUGCCCAGCCAAAGCAGUAACAUCCCUCCUGAAAAACCAGCAAAGAAAGAUGCAGAGGGCUGGGAGACCGUUCAACGUGGGCGUUCCAUGAGGCCCCGUUCCAUCGCCAUGGUGGCCAAGGUAAGCCCUGUCCUGGCCCAUGUAAGCCCCAAAGAUGACAGCGAUAAGGAGAACCAGCAGCUCCAGCCUUCACCACAGGACAAAGCCCAGGAAAUGAGGGAACAAGAGCAACUCAUUCCCCAGGAGCAGAGCCAAGAGAUGGAGAAGACCUCCGUCAUCGAGCCCCCAACAGAAACUGUUGAAGAGCCAGGGCAGAACAACAGCUCCCCCUCUGAGGAUGUGCCACCACCCAUGUCCGACCCCACGCCACCCCCACCCUCUCCACCUUCCAAGGCCCAGAGCCCGGUUGUAGCUUCUGAUCCAGGGCCGCCUCCUCCAACCCUUUCCCAUCCAGAGGAACCAGACCCUGGGCAGACCGAAGGGGAGCAGGGCACUGAGGGGUCGGCAUGGCAGGUCGCGCCACCGUCGGCAGAAGCAACUGCAUUGGUCCACGUUCCCCUGGCAUUGGUGAAACUGGAGAGCUUGCUGGACCCCACAGAACUUUCCACUCCCCAGUCCAUGGCUGAGGUUUUGGCUAAGAAGGAAGAGCUGGCUGAUCGCCUGGAAAAAGCUAACGAAGAGGCAAUCGCAAGUGCUAUCGCAGAGGAGGAACAGCUGACGCGAGAGAUCCAGGCGGAGAACAACGAACUGGAAACGGACAACGAGAGCGACUUUUCUGCGAGUAUUGGGAGUGGAAGUUGUGGCCUGAAUUUAGACUGGAGCGAGAUGCUGGCUGAUUAUGACGCUCGGGAGCCCUGGCGUCAGAGCACGUCCUGGGGUGACAUGGUUGAGGAGGAGCCAGCCCGCCCACCUGGCCAUGGCAUCCACAUGCACGAGAAACUCUCCUCUCCUUCACGCAAACGAACCAUUGCGGAGUCGAAGAAAAAACAUGAAGAGAAGCAACUCAAAGCACAGCAGCUUCGAGACAAACUGAGGGAGGAGAAGACGCACAAAUUACAGAAACUUAUGGAAAGAGAGAAGGAGGUGAAGAAAUGGAAAGAGGAGCUGUUGGAUCAGAGGAGGAGGAUGAUGGAGGAGAAGCUGCUUCACGCAGAAUUCAAGCGAGAGCUUCAGCUGCAGGCUAUCGUGAAGAAAGCUCAGGAAGAAGAGGCAAAGGUGAAUGAGAUCGCUUUCAUCAACACUCUGGAAGCCCAAAAUAAGAGACAUGACGUACUGUCUAAAUUGAAUGAAUAUGAACAACGUCUUAACGAACUACAGGAGGAACGCCAGCGGAGGCAGGAGGAAAAACAAGCCAGGGAUGAAGCCGUUCAGGAGCGUAAGCGGGCUCUGGAGGCCGAACGGCAGGCACGUGUGGAGGAACUUCUGAUGAAGAGGAGAGAACAAGAGGCCAGAAUCGAGCAACAGCGGCAGGAGAAGGAGCGAGCGAGAGAAGAUGCUGCACGAGAGAGAGCCAGAGACCGUGAGGAGCGCCUGGCAGCUCUCAGUGCAGCUCAACAGGAAGCCAUGGAAGAACUACAGAAGAAGAUUCAGAUGAAGCAUGAUGAGAGCAGCCGUAGACACAUGGAACAGAUCGAGCAAAGGAAAGAGAAGGCAGCUGAGUUGGGCAGCGGAAGACAUGCUAACACGGACUACGCACCCAAACUCACACCCUAUGAACGACAGAAACAAUGUUCUCUCUGUGAUGUUGUGAUCACCUCUGAAGUGCACCUGUUCAGUCACAUUAAGGGGAAGAGGCACCAGCAGGCCGUUCGGGACAGCAGCAGCAUUCAGGGGCGAGAGCUGUCGGACGAGGAGGUGGAACACCUGUCACUAAAAAAGUACAUCUUAGACAUCAUGACGGACAGCAGCGUGCCCUCCGAGAGUGCAAAAGACGCAGAAGAGAGGCAGAAAGCUCGGAAAAAGGCCAAGAAACUGCGGGCACGCAUGAACUCAAGGGCUAAGGAAUAUGAGACAUGCAUGGAAGCCAAGACACAGAUCCCCGACUCUCCUUACAAGGCGAAGCUCCAGCGUCUGGUGAAGGACCUAGUAAAGCAACAACAGGGACAGGACAGUGGCCAGUGGGCCAGUAAUAAAGUGUCUGGUCUGGACAGAACUCUGGGAGAAAUCUCCCGCAUUUUGGAGAAACAGAAUAAUGCAGAUCAGGUAGCGUUUCAGGUAGGAGGGGGUUUAUCUGCUCUGGAACAGAUCCUACAGGUUGUCAGUGCGGUCUCCACUCCCACCACGGUCCCCCGUAUUCCUCUCAAAUCCCUCUGUGCUGCCGUAAACACAUAUUACCUGUCCUGCGCACACUGCGUCAACAACUGUUCCUAUGUUCUCUUCAGCAACAAAAUUACCUUUCUCAUGGACCUUCUACUUCAUCAGUUAACGCUCUACGUGCCAGACGAGGACAAGAGCAUCUUCGGCCGCAGUGUCAACAAGCAGAUCUUUGAGGGUUUGACGACAGGUCUUCUGCAAACAGUCGCCAAAGUGCUGGCGCAGCUGCACCCACCUCAUUUAGAUGGAGAUGCACCACGUAUCUGCACUCCAGACACAAAGAGCAAACCCAUCGCUAAUGAGAACUUCAACACACGUGUGCAAGAUCUCAUCAGCUAUGUGGUGAACAUGGGCUUGAUCGACAAGCUGUAUGGCUGUUUCCUGUAUGUGCAAGGACCAAUUGAUGAGAGUCCCAAGAUGGCUGCAUUUCUGGAGCAAGCCACAGCUUUUCUGCAUGGGAUAUGUAAGCUGUGUUUUGCUGUGACUGGCCGUUCUCUGAAUGUCUUCGAUAACAAACGUCAGGACCCCACCGGUUGGACAGCCCUUCUACAGAGCACCGACCUGGUGGGUGUUCUCCACAUGCUAUACUGCAUCCUGCUCCACAGUGCCCUCCCCGAUUCUCUCUCUGCUGGCCCCGUGGGCCCCCAGGAACCUUACAGUGCCUCCGUCAUCCAGGUGGCCCUGCAAGGGCUGCGCUUCCUCAACAGCAUUGCCCUGUUGGACCUCUCAGCCUUCCAGACUGUUCUUGGAGCGGAGGGGCUAUCUCUGGCCUUCAGACACAUUGUGAGCUCUCUGCUGUGGUACUGCUCUCAACAUAGCUCUGAAGAGCUACUCCAUGAGCUCAUCAUAUGUGUGGGAUACUUCACUGUCAACCACCCAGACAAUCAGGUGAUUGUGCAGUCUGGCCGGCAGCCCAGCGUGCUGCAGAAACUGUGUCAGCUGCCGUUCCAAUAUUUCAGCCACCCGCGACUCAUCAAAGUGCUCUUCCCCUCGCUCAUCUGCGCCUGCUACAAUAACCUGCAGAACAAGGUCAUCCUUCAACAGGAAAUGAGCUGCGUGCUGCUGGCCACCUUCAUCCAGGAUUGUGCCACUAAUGAGAGCCAAUCGGACAGCAGAAUUUCCCAGCCAGAGAAGGGCUGGGCGCCUCUGGACUACUGCGAGCUCUCCAACCGAUUCCCCCGAGAUCAGUGGGACGCUGCACUUCAGUUCUUCCUCAAGAAGCAGGAUGAUUGAAGGAGGAACGCACACUUGAGCAUGCACUGUCCAUUACAGUGCAGUCACUUACAAGAGCACAUUGUUAAUAAACCCUUCGUACAAUCCAAACUUUAGGGUGCAAACUUGGUGCCUGACCACACCUUUAUUAGCCAAUCACAGUAAUCAGACCUAUAGUCAGACUAAAAUGAAGGUUUGUGCACCCAUCAGUCGAUAGUGAUGCAUUCCUGGUGGCUGUGUAGUAACUGCAUAUUAACAUUGUAAAUACAUUACAAAUACUGUUAAAGUUUUGACAUUUGCACACACUGAGAUAUCUGACGGUUCUGUUAAAUAUUUAUAUUUAAUGAGUAAUAGGCCACGUUUACGAGUAGUGUUCAUUUUCCUUAAUUGCACGUUUUUUGGAAACCGCUACAUUCAUUGAGAUUAUGCAUCUCACAAAAGAGUGACUCUUGAAAUCCUUCUGAACGGUCAACAGUUUUCGGUUAUGACUUUGAGGUUUCUGGGUGUUUUGAGUUUUUAGGAUGCAGUGGCUGUUGUAUUGUUUUGUAAAUAAAAAGGCAUUUGGGUGAAUGAUCUAGAACAAACAAAAGCACUCAUUUAAUUUAGGGUGAAUGACGAGUUACCUCAUUCGUCAGCUUUUAUGUUUGAAAUUGUUUAUUUGCAUAAAGAGGAACAUUGCUUCCUGUAGCUGACAUGUAAUUGUUUUUGUGUGUGUUGGUGUGUUUCUUUGCUUGUUCGCUCAGUUUGUUUAUAUAGAUAUUGUAAUUUAUACACCCUAAAAAUAUUCAACGCGUUGUUUUUCUUUUGUUGACUUGUUUUCCGUCCUUUUCUCUAAGCAUUUAAGCUCUUAAAACGUUUAAAAAAAAGCAAGGUGUAUGUCUCAGACAAGUUUAAUAAAAUAUUCAAUACUGCACUUUCUGUUUUAUACGUUUUUUUUUUCAAUGUAACUUCACAAUCUAGUAAAUAUUGUCUUUAUGAGAAAUAUAAAAUAUAAACUCUAAAUGUGUACGUGAAACAUAUUUAUAACAACAUUAUUUUACCCUACUCCCAGUCUGAAUUAUAAUGUUAUGGAAGCAUGUUGGAGACUGAUGCUAAGUUCAUGCUGAUGUGGAAACACACCAGUCACAUCUCCUAAAAAAAAAAAAAAAAGGAAACGUUUUAAUUGAGGGAUUUUUAAUGGGUAACUUGCUUAAUACAUUGGCUGGGAAACACAGUAGAGCUGAAACCUGAAAUGUGGGUUAAACUGCAUUGUAAAAGGGUUGUGCAUGCUCCCUAACCAGACUCAGGUCCUCACUGGCCCUCGGGCACCACAAACAGCCCUCUUUUCUUCCACCUUCUCCUCUCUUGUGCUUAAUCUAUAUAGUCUUUCACUGUACCUGUGUAACUCAGGGCAGCUACACACCACUGCCUCUGAGUCACUCUAUACACCAAUGUGUCAACACAGGCCGGAGCCUUUUGGAUCAGUCCCACCUCUAAUAUCACACAAAUGUAGAUGUGAAUGUGUGUUCAAAUGCUCAUGUUGACUAUUAAGACAUUUUUAAAUAUUACUUUUCUAUUCCAUCCUUCUUAUAGAUGUGAUGCAUUUUAUGUGAGAUCUAUUUAGUGGACUUUGAAAAUAAAGCUGAUGUAAAAGUGAAAACUUGAAUGAGCUUUUAUAGACCAUUAUUUGCUAUACCAAAACCAUCUUGACAUUCUCAUGAUUUUGGCAGACUGAAGUGAACUCGCAAAACUGAGGGGCUUUGUGGACCUUUUGGUCAUGUCACUUUAUGAAUUAUGAGCUUGCACAUUUUUAGAAACUGAAUUUGUUGUGUAUUUACUGUAAUGUUUUUUACGGUUAAUGAAGUCAGAUUUGACUGAUGUUUCAAGUGAAAUGCGGUUCUGAUGUGUAGAAGCUUUUUUUAAGACUUUUUAGGAGUAAAAAUAUAACAUUUAAAGUUACAGAUGUGCAUUCUGCACAUAUAAUGUCCUACGAAAUACCAAUCAAAGAGGCUCAUCAAAAAUAUUUUAAACAUGUCAUUCUCGAUAAACCGACAUUGUGUUUACCCGAAAAUAGGAUUAUUUGUCAUUUUAAGGUAACGCGAUGUCAAAAAAUGAGUUACAUUACGUUUUGUUAUUGGGCAUCGGUUAUAAAUCGCUUUGAGAGUUUUGACUUUAUAGAAAUUGUAUUUGUUUAAAAGGUGUUUGUAUGUUUGUUUUACAUUUAUUUAUUUAUGCAUUCGAUUCAAUAAUUAGAUUAGUGGGAGGCAUGAAUAUACAAGUAUAAUUGAGUAAUUUCAAAUUAAAUAUCUAGUUUUUUAAUAUUAACGGAUUAAAAUUUAGAUUGGCCAGUUAAUUGCUUGAAUUUCUCUAAAUCUGUAUGCAGUUGCCAAUUAU